GCUUGCAAUAUCCACCGAGACGUCGGUAGUUUUUUCAUUAGGACCACCCAGGAAACACGUCAGGAAACGCGUCCAGCUGAUCCAAGAUGGGCUCAGCAAACGAGUUACUCUUGUGGUCGUUGAUAGAAAAAAGCGAGGAAGAUCUAGGGAAGGCACUAGAGAAAGGCGCUAACGUCAACCUGUUGAGCCCCACGGGUUCGAGUCCCCUUCACGUCGCUGCUCUCAGGGAUUCGGCAUGGCUCAUCGACAUUCUUCUAAAGUAUGAGGCCAGAGUGGACCAAAAAGACAACUCUGGUUUUACUCCUCUCAUGGUGGCCGCUCUCAACGGUAAGACGGACGCUGCUAGGGUACUGCUGUCCAAUGGCGCCGACCCGAACAUAAAGCGUCCAAGCAACGGGCAGACAGCCUUGCACCUGGCCAUGGACAGUCGAAGUCGGAUGGUGGUGCGCGCUCUAGUGGACGCAGAUGCGGAUAUUAAUGCCCAGGCCAAUGACAGGAAGUUUACGCCGCUACAUUUGGCAGCUGUGUUGAAUGCUGGAGAACUGGCACACGUGCUACUUGAAGACCCUCAGUGUGAUGUAACGAUUCUAGACAGUAAUGGACGCACCGCAGCUAUGGUGGCCACAGAUAAUGGAAACCACCGUCUGGGUGAAGACCUCCGUGUGUACGCAAUGACGAAGAGUAAGGCAGACAAGGAACUGUUGUCAGCCGUCAUGGAGCUGGACGAAGAGGCUGCGAGGAAAGCUUUGGCUGGUGGCGCCAACGCCAAUCUGUGCCUCCACGCCGCCGCCAUGAAGGGCUCAGUGUCGCUCAUCAAAAUCCUCCUGGAUCAUCGGAUCGAUGUGAACCAAAUCGACUCCUUGGGUUUCACCCCUCUCAUGGUGGCCGCCCUUAAUGGCAAUACGGACGCUGUCACGGAACUCAUGGCGAAUGGCGCCAACCUGAACCUGAGGGGUAGGGACGGCGAGACAGCCUUACACCUGGCCAUGAAAAGCGCCAAUCUCAGGGUGGUGAAUGAGCUGCUCAAGAAAGGGGCAGAUAUCAAUGCGCAGACAAAAUCCGAUAAGUUCACACCGCUGCAUUUUGCAGCUUAUUUCAAUAUUCAACAUAUAAGAAGGGUUUUGGAAAUGCAUACAAAGUGCAACACUGAGAUUGUUGACUGGAAGAGUCGCACUGCCGCAAAACUAGCUGAGGAGCGUCGCCGUCAGCUUGGAAUGCUGCCAGAGUCAGCUGACGGGAACAUGACGAAACCGGUGGAGGUCAGUGAGAAUGUGUACAAGGUCACUUCAUCACCACGAGGAAGAGUUAUAGUUCUUAAUUAUGAAAAUUUUGGAGAAAAAGACUAUCGAAGUGGAGCCAUAUGGGAUACCAAAAAACUUGGAAACCUUUUCACCAAGAUGGAUUAUCAAGUGGAAACUCACCACAACUUGAAGUACCAAAAGACCAAAGAGAUCCUCAACUUCUUCCGGAGUAGUGAUAAGAUGGCGCAGGUGGACUGUGCUGUGGUGUGUGUGCUGAGCCACGGCGUCAGCCAAGACACCUUCAUCACAUCAGACAACAUAGACAUGACUGUGGACGAGAUAUACAGUUACUUCACGGAUGACCAGUGUCCGUACCUGAAGGGAAAACCGAAGCUCUUUCUCUUCAAUUAUUGUCGAGGUUGUUACAUAGAACCUGGCUGCGCCCUUAACAAAUCUCAAGUUAACGAUGACCUCGCAACACAAGGAACUAAGGAAAAUUCUCCAUCUAGAGAAACACUCAAAGACUACAUUUCUAUUUACGCGACCAUGGAGGGAAUCAAAGCUUUACGGAAUAUGUGGAAAGGAACCUACUUCGCAGAGGCAGUGAAGAGGACAUUCAACCAAUACGCCGAUGUCCUUGACGUGGUGAGGUUAGCAGAGGAGCUGAAAAACUACCUGAAGAAUAUAGGUGGAACCACGAUAUCUGUUGAUGACAAAACCACCAAAAAGUUUUAUCUUAACCUCCCACGGAAGAACUGAGUGGAUCAGCGACAUGAUGAGAUAUUUGUGACAUCAGCGAGUUGAAUAUAGAGGACUGAAACUUUAAGAGGCACAGAGGACGACAGGGCUUUUGUUUAUUUAUGAAUGAUAGAUAGUAGAUUAAACGCUUACUAGCACUUAUUAUUAGAUAUGACUAGAUGAGAGUCCUUUGUAGUGUUUUAAGGGCGAUGGAAUCACAUCUGGUCGUUUCUUUGUUUAUGGACGAGGUAGUGCUCUCGCUUCAGAGUCUAGCCCUGAACUCUCUCUCGAUGGAGAGGUCAGUCGGUAUUUAUCUCAUAGCCCCACGGGGGGAGGAAAGGGAAUGAAUGUGCAGGUUGUCAGGUGUGUCUUCAAGAGACAGGGACGGUGAGGUGAGGUGCGAACUGUCACCUGAAAGAAGUGACAUUACUACUACCUGGGACAGGUAGUAGUAGUAGUAGUAGUAGUAGUAGUAGUAGUAGUAGUAGUAGUAGUAGUAGUAGUAGUAGUAGUAGUAGUAGUAGUAGUAGUAGUAGUAGUAGUAGUAGUAAUUAUAUUACACUGGUACAUUAGUGCAAGAACUAAGCAAACUCAUCUGGGUUUUCAAGUGUGUUUUCAUGAUUCCAGUGAUAGCUUAGAAAUUCAGCGGCCUUUGAAAAUAAUCCUCGUGACAGAAGCAAGCUGGCGGUCAUGUUCGUGUGGGUUGAUUUGUAACGAUUGGAAUGGCGCUUUAAGUUUUCCAGUUGUCAGGGUUGAGAUUUGUUAAUUUGUGAGGGAACAUACUUUUUUUCUUUUGAAUUUAAAAAUGAAUGUUGGGUGACUGAGAUAAGUAAGUAUGCAUAAAACAUGAUCUUACGGAAGCCUUCCAAAUAAUUCAGGCACGGCUGUAAUACGUCUGCCCUUAAAAUAGAUUUCUCUUUGGUUGAACAUGAGUCUGACUGAUUAAGAGGUGUGCAAGGUUUUCCUUUUUAUUUGUUUUUGUUUUGUUAGCAACUUGUAUGCUAAGGCGAAUUAUUCAUUUCCUUAUCAUCCUUUGAAUUUUGAGUCUAAUUGAACACUUCUCUUAUUUUCUUCUACUUUUUUAUAGUACUUGUAUGGCGGAGUGUUUAAAUUUACAGCACAGAUUUUUUUCCUUUUUAUUUUGACAGUAUAAUUAUGUAUAUCGCAGUAAACAAAUUUAUAGCAUGA